GGGCACAUCUUGACCAGAGAAAAGGCUGUCGCGUCCAUGAUGAUCUACAUUGUUUUGGAACCCAUUGUCACUCACUGAUGCAGUGGCGUCGCAGUGAAGGAUAAGGAGCUCUCGCACCGAGAGCGGCAAUGCCGAACUCGAUAGUUAUUCAAGUUGGACAAUGCGGGAACCAAAUUGGCAGCCGAUUCUGGGACAUGGUACUGCAAGAACACGCGAAGUACAACAGGAAAGGAGUGUAUGAUGAUGCUCUGGCAACUUUUUUUCGGAACGUCAAUGAGAAGCGCGGAGCUCGCAACAUCCCCGUCGGCGAUGGUCAAAAGAAGAUCACCGGUCUGAAAGGCAGAGGACUUCUCAUAGAUAUGGAAGAGGGAGUUGUGAACCAAAUCCGCAAAAGUCCCCUCAGCGAGCUAUUUGACGACGAACAGCAAAUAACCAGCCAUUCCGGGAGCGGGAAUAACUGGGCAGUGGGACACUGCUUGUACGGUCCUGAGUAUCGGGAUGCCAUUUUGGAAGGUGUGCGGCGACAGGCCGAGUAUUGUGAUGCCCUACAGUCCUUCUUCAUGAUCGGAUCUCUUGGAGGAGGGACGGGAUCUGGCCUGGGUUCAUAUAUAUGCGCGAUGCUUCAAGAUGAAUUUCCAGAGGUCUAUAGAUUCUACGCAACCGUCAGCCCGAGUGAGAACGACGACGUCGUAACAUCACCUUAUAACAGUAUUCUGUCACUUUCGAAACUCAUUGACACAGCUGACUGCGUUUUACCAAUGGAAAAUCAAGCUUUAUUGGACAUUUACGAACGAGUGAUAGCACAAACUCAAGGUCCUUCGAAUAGACAAAAGAAAAGUGCUAUCACAGAUAGCGGUAAUAGUACAUUCGGGGGAAUGUGCGGCUUGGGCCCCCGAAAGUCCCACCCGUUCGAUGCGAUGAACAACAUCGCUGCCAAUCUACUGAUGAAUAUGACAAGUUCGAUGCGAUUUGAAGGAACGAUGAACGUUGACAUCAAUGAUAUCGUGACAAAUUUGGUACCGUUCCCGCGGCUCAAGUUUCUUAUAUCAAGCAUGACACCGUUAUAUACCUUGGCGAAUGUGAAACCGCCACCGCGAAGGCUUGAUCAGAUGUUUAUCGAUGCUUUCAGUAGGGAAAGUCAGCUCAUCAGAGCAGAUCCCAAGGCGAGCACUUAUCUUGCCUGCGCACUUAUUGCCAGAGGAAAUAUUGAGAUUUCUGACCUGCGGCGCAACGUAGAAAGAAUGGCGUCCCAUCUGACAUUUGUACCUUGGAAUCAGGAGGGCUGGAAAACUGGUCUUUGCUCUGUACCUCCAGUCACACAGCCUUAUUGUUUGCUUAGUCUUGCCAACAACUGCUGUGUACGGCAGAGCUUCUCUGACCUGCACCUGCGGUUCAAAAAGUUAUACAGACGAAAGGCGAACCUGCAUCAUUAUACAGAGCAUAUAGAUGUGGGAGAUAUUGCAAGUAGUGCAGCGAAUGUGGAGGAGCUUAUUCAUGAAUAUUCCUUGCAGGAGCGCAACCGUAAAUAAUCUGACGCAGCUGUGCUUGUAAAUAGAAAUUCCACGUAGGAAUUAUAUAUUAUCUUUCCCA